AUUAUUAGAGAGAGAGAAGAAAGAUAUCCAGAAUAAUACUUUCGUACUACGCGUCAUCAUCGUAUAUAUUCCCCGGCCAAAACCGAAUCGAACCGCGAAGCUUUGCUCCGGGAAAGCUAACGACAAUGGCGACGGCCGGUUUAGGUUACGUAUCCGCUAUGCUGGUAACGAGAAGACUUGGUUACAACUCAAAAUUCAGUUCCUCUCCGCUGACUCCCAAAGCCAAUCGACUUUUCGCGGCUAAAAUUCGCGCCUUAUCAACUACCUUCGUCGAGGACAAGCCUGUUCGUCUUAUAGAUGAAAAGAAGGUGGAAUUACGGACAAACCUUUUAGCAUGUCCCAUUUGCUACGAUGCCUUUACUUGGAAUGGUGAUCCGGGGUUAUCCUUGAGUUCUAUGGCUCAGUCUAGCUUAGAAUGCAGCACCUGCCGGAAGAAGUACUAUGGCAACGAGACACAUGUUGACUUGACAAUUGCUGGUGGUGGCAACGCUUAUGGAGAAUCCCUGGCAGCUUCUACUGAGAUUUUCAGGCUUCCUUUGGUGUCCUUUCUUUACGAGAGGGGCUGGCGACAAAGCUUUUCUCUAUGGGGUGGUUUUCCUGGCCCAGAAAAAGAGUUUGAAUUGAUGCAAGAUUAUCUUAAACCGGUCAUGGGUGGAAAUAUCAUUGAUGCUAGCUGUGGAAGUGGUUUAUUUUCAAGACUGUUUGCCAAGAGUGGACUGUUUUCUCUUGUUGUGGCUUUGGAUUUUUCUGAGACCAUGUUGCAGCAGUGCUAUGAAUUCAUCAAGCAGGAGGAAAACUUUCCUAAUGAGAACAUAAUCUUGGUUAGAGCUGAUAUCUCGAGGCUUCCAUUUGCAUCAAGCUCCGUGGAUGCUGUGCAUGCUGGUGCUGCGUUGCAUUGUUGGCCUUCACCAUCAGCAGCGGUUGCUGAGAUAAGUCGAGUAUUACGGCCUGGGGGGGUAUUUGUUGCCACAACCUACAUAGUCGAUGGCAUCUAUUCACUCACCCCAUUCGUAAGACCUCUACGCCAAAAUUUUGCUCAAAUAUCGGGCAGUCACAUAUUCUUGGACGAGAAAGAACUUGAAGAUCUUUGCACCGCGUGUGGGCUUGUGGGUUUCAAGUGCAUCAGGAAUAGGCGCUUCAUCAUGCUUACCGCCAUGAAGCCUACCUAGUUGAUUGUUGUGGCUGCCAGUUGCGUAAACUACUACUACUACUACAGGCUUUUCUUGUUACUUGUGUUCUUCCAUUAGUACUAAGAUGGAGGCAUCAUUCAACAAGAUUGCUAAUUGCUGUGCAUAGCUUUACAGAAGCAGAAGUGAUUUCUGUUGACAGAAGAUUACAAUAAACCAAAUAUGCUUGUGACAAUAAUGUACCAAAAUCAUCAACUGUAUAUAUGAAAUGAAUCCCUGUUUCUAAGACCCCAUAUAAUGUAAAAACUCUGGCAGUGAUAUCAUCAUUGCUGCAAUGAAUUCAAUGGUCCAUCCUUGCCAUAGUUCUGUUCAGCAUCCAGACGACGCUCCUUCGCUUCACAUGGCAGAACUUGUCCCUGUCUCUCGGGUAGGUACAGUAGAGAAAAGAGUAGAUGAAGCAACACAGCACCAUUGGAGUUCCUAUUGCAGUGAACAGCGCCUUGGCUAAAGACGUUGCAUUCUUUCUGUCAGUAGCAAUGCUCUGUGCAUCUCGGGGAACCGGUCUGUAGCCAUAAACAUUCUGGGAUAGUAACCCUACAACAGGAGGGGCAAAGGAAGACAAUACAGAUUCAAAUGAUCUAUCCAGAGCAUAGAUACUCGUCCGCCACUCCUCAGAAUUCCAUGAUAUGAAGAACCCUGUAAUGAGCAAGACUAGAGCGUGCAGGAAUACUGAGGAUGGAUCAUUGGGUAAUGCCAGCAAGAGAAUUGCAGCGAGGGGGAUAGCGGAUGCUGAGCUUAUUUGUGACAAGAUUAUUCGUCCAUGAUUUGGAAGACGCUGGGAUAACAGGUCUCCAGCCUUGCCUCCAAACAGGCCUCCGAUAGAACAACCAACCACGAAUGUCCCUGUAAGAAUGGCGGUCUGCAGAUGGGAAAAACCCGUAAGCUCUAACCACAUUGGGGUGAAUGACAGAGCUGACCAGGGAAAAGAGCCAGUAACACCCUGAGCUACAAUUAUCUGGAAGGAUGGUAUCUUCAUGACUGUUUUCGCUUCGUGAACCAGGUCAGUGGCCUCCGACCAAAAGGAUUUUUCGGGAGCUUCACCAUGGCUAUUACCUCUUAAACUGCCAUCUGGGAAGUGAGGAUCAUUUGCAAAGAGGCGAACUAAAAUCCCGACAACAACACUGAUAAUUCCUACUAGAUGAAAGGAAACUCUCCACCCAGGAAUCCCCAUGAAUGUAAUGGGAGCUAUCAGCAAGGCAAGUAAUCCCCCAACAAUGGAACCUAUGUUGCUGGUGAACUGCAGCCACCCAAAAGCCAUUCCUCGGUUGCUGUCAUCUGUUGAGUCUGCUACAAGGGACUGAAUUGCAGGUGCAACUAUGGCCAGCCCUAUCCCAUUCAAGGCUCUGGAUACUGCCACCUUAUCAAGAAACAAAAACAUAGCCCCCCUGGUCAGCUCAGUUAGUUCCUAAGCAAUAAAUUGUAGGCAGUUCAUAAACAAGAAGAGUUAUUGUGGAAAAUAAUGGAACAGUAAAAGGAAAAUGAGAGACCUGAAAAAAGGAGGAGGAGAAGGCAACGAGGAAGGUGGCGGCGGCCCAGAGGAAAGCUCCAUAGGCAAUAACAUGAGCUCGGUUAUGGCGGACAGAAAGAUAGGCUGCAAGAGGGUAGCAAAGAGACUGUACAAUCGAGCGGAAAAGGGUGAGCGAGCCCAGGCGGGUAGGGUCGGCGUGAAGGGCCUCUCCGACCUCCUUGUAAACUCCGGGAAGCAAUGACUCGUCGGCGCGUUCCAUAAUUCCGGCCAAAUUCACCAGCAGUAAGACCAAGGAAGAGCUGCAAUUUACAAAACGGAUACUGGAAUGUUGUACAGGAGUACAGGUGGUGUUUCUUGUUCUUUGACAGAUGUUUCAUACUUUGAAAAUCAUGUCAGAGGUCUUCCAUGGGAGCAAGAAAACUUAUUAUUUUUUUUAGUCGGUUAAUGACGGUUGAAAGUUGAAACAUUCCAUUCCAUUGUUUCAAACACUGACUAUUAGAUUAAACAAACAUUAAUUUAGUACAAGUCAAACAUCAAUUUUAAUAAGCACAGCUGAGUCACUUUUUCUGGAAA